AUGAUUACUUCACGGUUAGAUGAUCAUCUCGUUCUGGAUGGCAUGAUUCGUCGGAGUCACAUUGAGCUAGCAAGAGAGCGACUUGGGGAUGAACUCGCAAUCACAGAGCGCAAGUUCACGAUGGGUGAAUUUUUGGAGGCUUCCAAGGAGAACAAGAAUCUGGAGUCAUUUGCUACAGGAACAGCGGUAAGAGAACACAAGAUUGAUAUUCGCAUGAGACAGGGUGAUGGACCCCGCGAGACUGCCGGAAAGAUGAAGGGCUGGUGGCCACACCAGUCAGGGACUACAUGA